AUGGAGUUUUCCGAGCAGAAAGCUGGCCCUUACAUACAUCCCACCCAGCAAACAUUACUAUCCUCAGACCCGUGCUUCGCCGAAAGGCUCAAGACCGCCUGCCACUCUUCCGACGCCCACGACGUUGACAUGCACCACGGGCUCAAGUUCGACCUCUGCGCGCACCAUGUUCGACGUGUCCGGUCUCGUCUUCGAGGCAGCAGACCCCCCCUCCGCCGAGGAAUCUCGCUCGCUCCGAGGGCUGGCAGGACACAACCCGGCGGGGGGGCUCACUACGCCAGCUGGGCUUAG